GUUUCGGCGUAAGGUUAAAGUGCACUGCAUUCAUUUUGGUGCUGUGUUUGUGUCUCUGUGGGUAAUUUCUGCUCUGCAUUACAGUAGCGUCGCCGCUGUUUUAGCAGGAGUGUAGCUGAUGUUUGUGUGUAGCCUGUUACGCUGAAUCUGAAACGCAACAUUUUCAGCUCACCGCAGGGAUGACCACCAUCGUGCAUGACACGUCAGAGGCGGUGUGCCUGUCUGCUGAGCACAACGUCUACCUGAAGCCCAUCGCCAAGAUGACCAUCAGCGUGGCUCUACCGCAGCUCAAGCUGCCGGGAAAGAGCAUCUCCAACUGGGAGGUGAUGGAAAGAGUAAAGGCCAUGGUGGCUCCGGAGCAGUUUUCAGCCCUGCGGAUCUCCAAGAGCACCCUGGACUACAUCCGCUUUGAGGGGGAGGUGGAAAACAAAACCGUGGUAAAGAGCCUGUUGACCCGUCUGGAUGGAAAGACCAUAAAACUCAGCGGAUUUACUGAUGUGCUCAAAGUUCGUGCAGUAGAAAAUAAAGUGGAUUUCCCCACACGUCAUGACUGGGACUCCUUUUUUCGUGACGCCAAGGAUAUGAAUGAGACUCUGCCGGGAGAGAGGCCUGAUACCAUCCACUUGGAAGGACUUCCAUGUCGCUGGUUUAGCCAGAAGGACAGCCUGUUCCCUGACCGCCCUUCUGAAGAGGUUCUAAUCGCUGUGUUCCAGGCAUUUGGCAAGGUGAGACAUGUUGACAUCCCCAUGCUGGAUCCGUAUAGGGAAGACAUGCUGGACAAGAACUUCAGUACUUUCAGCUUCGGGGGUCACCUGAACUUUGAGGCUUACGUUCAGUAUCAAGAAUACUGCGGUUUCACCGUGGCCAUGGACUCUCUGCGUGGCAUGAAGCUGAUGCUGAAAGGAGAUGACGGAAAAGCUGUGGCAUGCAACAUUAAGGUUACAUUUGACACUAGCAAGCACCUCGGCGACGCAUCCAUCAAGAGAAGAAACCAGGAGAGGCUGAAGCUCCAGGAGCUGGAGAGACAGAGGGAGGAGCAGAAGCGAAGGGAGAAAGAAGAGGAGGAGCGGCGGAAGGAGGAGGAGAGGAAACAGAAGGAAAUGGAAGAGGAGGAGAAGGAGAGGAAGAAAGAGGAGAGAAUCCGGAAGCGAGAGCAGAAGCUCCGGGAGAAGGAGGAGAAGAGGAACCUGAAGAAGGUGAAGAGGCAACAGGAGCAGGAGCAGAAGAAACUUCAAGUGAAGAUUGCCAUGGAGGAGAGAAGGCUGCUGCUGGCUCAGCGCAAUCUGGAAUCAAUAAGGCUCAUUGCCGAGCUGCUCACCCGCGCGAAGAUACUGAAGCAGCAUCAGCAGGAGAAGGAGAUGGCUGAACGCAAGGAGCAGGAGAAGCAGGAACAAGCUCGUCAGAAGGAGGAGUUGGCCCGUCUUCAGCAGCUAGAGGCCUGUCGGCAAAAGCAGGAGGAGGAGCUGCGGAGGGUUGAGGUGGAGAAGCAGCGAGCGCUGGAGCUCCAACGGAAAGAGAAGGAGUUAAGGGAGAGGCUACUGUGCAACCUUAUCAAGAAGAGCACUGAGAAAAGCACAGCAGCUGCAGAUGCACAAGACCUGGCCUGCCCUUCAACAAAAGAAGCUCCGGGUCUUAGUGAUGUGAUGCUAGGGGUCCUGGGUCGGGUCAACGGGGUAAAGACAGAUGAUGGCAAAGAAAAGCCAGUAUCUAGAUCUGUGCACUCUAAGGAGAAAAAUAAAUCAAAAGAGAGACGAGGAGGGGAUGAUAAGAAGGAAGAGUUUGUUCGAACUUCACACAGCAGGGAAGGAGGGUAUGAAAGGAGCUCGUACAGCCGAGGGAGAAGGAGGCGUUCCCAAAGUCCAAGUAGAAGGAGGAGGAGCUCAAGCCACCGAAGGAGUAGUCACAAGAGGAGUGAUAGCCAUCACAGGGGAAGGAGGUGCAGUCCUAGCAGCAGCAGCAGAAGCUCCAGCAGGGAUAGGAGCCUCAGCAGCUGUGGUAGGAGCAACAGCAGAGGGAGGGGUCAAAGGCGCAGUCACCGCAGGUACAGGAGAAGGAGUAAAAACUACAGGAGUCACAGUCACCACAGUCGAAGAUACCGCAGAUACAGCAACAGCAGGGACCGGAGCCACUCUAGGGGACGCUAAAAGCAACAGAGCAAUUUUACUGACUGGCGAAUCUGUGCAUGGGCCUUAAGUUAAGAAAGAGUUCUCUGGUUAUUUAGGUUAAAAAUGUACAGAAAAUAAAGUUAAAUUUCACACCGAAAAACUUGAUGCUUCAUUACCAAGAAUACUAGGUGCUUGAACCUAUCUUUGCUGUUCAUUAAACAUUCCUAAUUUUCUGUUACUUUUGUUCAUAUUGGUUUAAAGUUUUCUGACAAUUUUUUAAAACAUCCUUUAUAAUAAGAAACCAGAUGACAGUUUCUCUGUUUUGGAUGGUGAGUCAAAAGGUCCAUUUUAAGCCUGAAACAUGACGUGUUUUUAUUAAAUUUUUUGUGUACAACUAUAUUUUUUUGUGGGAAAGAUACAUUUCUGUCCUUUCCUAAAUUAUCUUGUUAAAUUUCAUUGCCUAACUCUUGAAAAUAAACCUAUGCAUUCAUAGGACUCGGAAGUUUUAAAUCCUUUCAAUUAAAUGUGCUGUUUUUACAGGCGGCUGCCCUACAUGUUUUAUCUCUUGCAGGAGGGAACGCAGGAAACUGCAAAGGUGUUUUAAAAUUCAACAUCAGCUUCUGUAUUUAAGUAGAGCAUGAGUGUUUGUUUGGUUACUGGUGUAAACUAAAAAAAAAAAAAAGACUGCCACUGAAGUGAAUGUGUCACAUUUAAGAAAGAAAGCAUCUGUCUGAUUAUUAUGAAGCUUUAGUUGAGUUAUUUUGGAUUAAAAAAACUGAUUUAGUAACUUUAGGUCUGUCCAAAUUAAGUUCACACGGUUUUACUUGUUUAUGCAUAUAUGCGGUGCAACUCAAAUGAUGGCUGCCUUUUUGAAAUUUCAAAUAAAGAACAUAUGCAGAAGUAAAA